AUGUCGAAAUAUCAAUUAGGAUCAAUUAUUUUUUUCGUAUCUUAUUAUUUAAUAUUUGUGAAUGGUGGUGCUAUUCAAUUAACAAGUAGUAAUAUUGAUUCUAUUCUUUCAUCGUAUGAUAUUGUUUUUGUUAAUUUUUAUGCAAAUUGGUGUCGAUUUAGUCAAAUGCUUGAUCCUAUUUAUAACGAACUUGCUGAUAAAAUUACAAAAGAAUUUCCUCAAUCAGGCGUUGUUGCCAUUGGAAAAGUUGACUGUGAUUCUGAUAAUGCAAUUUCAACCAAAUAUAAUGUUAAUAAAUAUCCAACAUUAAAAUUAUUUCGACAUGGAAUCAUGACUAAACGAGAAUAUCGUGGAGCAAGACAAGUUGAUGCUUUUUUUGAUUUCAUUCGUAAACAAGUUGAAUCAUCAAUAAUGAAAAUAUCUACACCAAGUGAUUUGAUAACAAUAGAUUCAAAAAAACGUUAUAUUAUUGGACAUUUUGAUGAUGAAAACUCAGAAAACUAUAGAACAUUUACAAAAAUAGCAAGCCUUCUUAGAGAUGAAUGUAAUUUUGUUGCGUCAACAAAUAAAGAUGAAUUCAAAAAUGAACGUCCAUUAACUGAUGUUGUAUAUUAUCGUCCUUCGGAAACAUUAAAUGAAAAAGAAAUUUAUUACAUUGGUUCAAUAAAUGAACAGGAAUCUUUAAUAACUUGGUCUCGUGAAAAAUGUAUUCCAUUAGUUCGUGAAAUAACAUUUUCAAAUGCUGAAGAAUUAACUGAUGAAGGUUUACCAUUUCUUAUCUUAUUUCACAAAGCUGAUGAUCUUCAAUCUGUUGCUUUAUUUGAACGUGAAGUUGCCAAACAACUGCUUAAUGAAAGAUCAAGUAUCAAUUGUUUACAUGCCGAUGGAGCUCAAUUUAUUCAUCCACUUCAACAUUUAGGAAAAAAUAUGGCUGAUUUACCAUUAUUAGCUAUUGAUAGUUUUAAACAUAUGUUUCUUUUUCCCGAUGUUAAUCAACUUUCAAAAGAUGGAAAAUUAUUAGAAUUUGUUAAAGAUCUUCAUUCAGGAAAACUUCAUAGAGAAUUUCAUAAUCCGCCACCACCAACCCAACAAACAUCAACAACUACAGUAUCAUCGAUAGGUGAUGAUGGUGAUUCAAAAAGUAAACAUAUUCCAAAAACUUCAUCGUUAGCUACAGGCGAUUCUUCAUCAGAUCCGAUGAACAAUGUAAUAAAGUCAGGUUCACAUCCAUCAUCACCACCAGAAUCAGUUUUUGUUCGUUUAACACCAAAUCGUCAACGUUAUUCAUUUCGUGAUGAAUUAUAA